AUGUCAAAUGAUUGUCCUCCUGUCGAUGGCGGCUGGAGCACGUGGGGUAGAUGGUCUCAGUGCAGCACAACUUGCGGCAAAGGAGAACAAAGACGACUAAGAUCCUGUACAGCUCCAAUGCCCUCUGGAGAAGGUAGAAUGUGUACUGGAGAAAGUUUUGAGACAAAUAAUUGCAUACUCAGACUUUGCUUGACGGAAGGAACCCUAGAACCUGGCACAGACCUCCUUAGAACAAAUAUCCUUGGCGCAAAUCGUUUAUUCGCAAAUUUUAAUAAUCAGAAUUCUAAAAACAGAAUCUUUAACAAGAAUCAGAUCAGUCUGAGCAGGAUUAACCAGAACAAGAUCAGACAAAACCUAGAACCAACCAAUAUGGCGGAAUCAGAAGACAAAAUGGCGGAUAGAUCAGCUGUUCAGCCAAUAGAAAAUCUACCGGAAAAGAACUUGAUUUGUGGGAAUGUUCCGUACAUUUUUGGAUUUGGAGAUCCUGUUGUACAGUCAGAUGGUCGGAUCAUGUACACAUGCACACAGGGGAGGGUACUGGAUACAAGGACCAAUAGAAGACGAUUUAUUGCAGAGUGUGACAGGUUUGGGUUUUUAAACAUGACGCUUGUACCAGAGUGCAGAGCAGCGACACAUUGUGUGGGACCUGUACAUAGGCCAGGUACCAAUGCUGAUAUAGUAUCUACUGUUCCUCAACGUGAUGUAGAAAUCAAUACAGCGAUCAAGUAUAUCUGCAGCUCAGGCAGGGAUAUCUUUGGAACCUGCUUCUUCGACGGUAGACCCAGAUACCCAGGAUACUCAGAUCAAUUAGAUCAAAUCAUGGAUCAAUCCAUGGAUCAAUCUGAAUAUUUAGCCAAUAAUCUAAAAUAUAAUAGUUCUGUUUGCUCUAUUCCAGAAACAAACAAGGUUGAAAACGGUGGUACGGAAACUUUAUUGCUAGAAGAAAGAAUGUUUGGUUGGUUAAGUUUACCAGAUUAUCCUUCCUUCUCAUCCAUCUCCAGCUUCACCUGGUUCCUCACCUUCCCCCAGCACUCCUUCAUGGUCCUAGGGGUUGAGCAGAUCAGAAACGAGGAUAACACUCCAGAAGAUUGGUUGGAGCUAAUUUAUCUGGAUAAUCAGGUUUUAUUGAAUGAAACUCACAAAAGAACCUCAUUCUUUAUAUACAGCAAUGCAACCAUUAGAUUGCUUGAAUCUACAAAAAGAAGAAAAUUUCGUCUCUCAUAUAUUAUGAUGUAAAAGCUAGAGAAUAUAAAUUAUCAAAUACCAUA